GAUUGCUCGAUGCGCUAAUUGGUCGCCAUCUAUGCGCCGAUCAAUCAUCUAACCCGGAAAUUCAGCAAGUUCGUGUAGACUGACCAGAGUCCACGAAUUUGGAUUAGAAUUCUCCCUUAAAUUGCAGGGCAUCAUUUUCCAAAACUACAAAAUUUACUGAAUUAAGAUGGAAAAGCACAGCUUUGGCGUUGAACCCAUAACCUGCCAUGCCUGGAACAAGGAUCGAUCACAGGUUGCUGUUUCUGCCAACAGUCAAAUGGUAGACAUUUACCAGAAGAAAGGCAAUACAUGGGUCAAACAAUCCACUCUGGGUGAACACACACAGAGAGUGACAAGUAUCGACUGGGCCCCAAACAGUAACAAGAUCGUAACAUGUGGAUCUGAUCGUAACGCCUAUGUGUGGAGUCUGAACGGAAAUAAUGAAUGGAAGCCAUCUCUUGUCAUCCUUCGUAUCAACCGUGCUGCCACCUGCGUACGCUGGUCACCAAAAGAGGACAAGUUUGCUGUAGGCAGUGGGGCUAGAUUGGUCUCUAUCUGCUAUUUUGAGCAAGAAAAUGACUGGUGGGUCAGCAAGCACAUCAAGAAGCCGAUCCGUUCAACCGUCACCACCGUUGACUGGCAUCCUAACAAUAUUCUCCUUGCAUGCGGAUCAACUGACUUCAAAGUCAGAGUGUUCUCUGCCUAUGUGAAGGAGAUCGAAGACAAACCCAAUCCUACUUCUUGGGGGAAAAAGCUCCCGUUUGGCGCCUGCCUCAAAGAGUUUAGUUUCAGGGGUGGUUGGAUCCACAGCGUGUCCUUUGAUAGCAGUGGAACACGCCUUGCCUGGGUUGGUCAUGACAGUACUCUCAACGUAGGCUGCGGUGGCGAGGAUGCCAAUGCUGUGAAUUUCUUUUUGAACUCCCUGCCUUGCCUGACAUUGCAGUGGGUAGGACCAAGCACCAUCGUAGCUGGGGGUCACGACUGCGAGCUGAUGCGCUUCAGGGUUGAUGACAAGAACAAGAUCACCUUUGAGGGUAAGGUGGGCAUCGUCAAGAAGAAAGCCGCAGGUGCAGUCAGUGCCAUGGCAAAGUUUAAGAACAUGGACAAGAAAGCCACCACCGAAGACGACUCCAAGAAGGCAUCCGUUCACCAGAACUCGAUCAAUCAACUGAACAUCCACACUGGUGCCAAGGAGGCUGUGACCAAGCUUUCUUCCGUCGGCAUGGAUGGUCAGAUGGUCAUCUGGGAUCAGUCAUCUCUGGAAGCCAGCGUUGGGGGCAUGAAGAUUUAAAACCCUUGACCCCCUCCUGACCCCCCCCUUCUGAAAAAAAUAGUAAUGUCAGAGUCAUAUAUCUAAGAGGAAUCAGGCUCAACUGUACAUCAUGUAGUCAAAUGAACAUGCAGGUUUUUGAUAGAGGUUUAAUUAAAUGAUAUAUAACUUGUGUUUAAUAUGCACCCCCAAAUGGCUUCAAUCAACAAUUGAAGUACAGUGUAAUACUUUUCCAGUGCGUUCCAAAAGUAUCAUGUAUUUGUAAUAAACAGAUCUUUCUUUAUGCUAUACAGAUAAUGCUGUAACUGUCACAUAGCUGUUACAUAUGUUUAUGGAUAUAGAUCUACAAUUGUGAUCGUAAUUCAAGACACACACAUGUAACGCAUAUGUGUAGGUAUUCAUAUGGAUGAUGAUUUCAUCAGUUCUGUUUAUUUUUAAUACCAGUAAUGAAAUUGACAAAUUUGCUUUUGGCCCAUUUGUAAUCAAUACUAUUCAAAUUGAUGCACAUUAGUUAUGUAAUCAGAGAUUAUCCUAUUGUGCUAGGUGAAUUGGAAAUUCAUUCCAAUAAUAUUGAGUAUCAUUCCAAGAGUCGAGAAUGUCAGAACUUUAUCAAAAGAAAUUUUAGUUUAGUUGUUGAUUUGAAACCAUUUUUGUCUUUCUAGCAUUGCGACAGCAUUCCAUUUUUCUUUUUUAACCAACAGUUUGUAACAAAUGAAUGAUUAACUGAACACUUAUGAUAAGUGCUUCAUAAGCUCAUAUGUAUAAGUAAUUUGAAGAUAUGCAUAAUAUAUGUAUGGUGAUAUAAUGCUAUUAUUAGGAAAUGUACCACAUCCAUUUCGGGAACAAUUGAUAUGAAAUGGAAAUGAGUAUACCAGUAUAAUUAAGAAUCACUUUUAUCAAGUAUAAUCUUAUUUCAAGAUAUCAUGACCAAGCGUUUUUGUCUCACCUGCAUAGCAGAGUGAGACUAUAGGCGCCGCUUUUCCGACGGCGACGGCGACGGCGACGGCGGCGUCAACACCAAAUCUUAACCUGAGGUUAAGUUUUUGAAAUGACAGCAUAACUUAGAAAGUAUAUGGACCUAGUUCAUGAAACUUGGCCAUAAGGUUAAUCAAGUAUUACUGAACAUCCUGCCUGAGUUUCAUGUCACAUGACCAAGGUCAAAGGUCAUUUAGGGUCAAUGAACUUAGACCAUGUUGGGGGAAUCAACAUCAAAAUCUUAACCUAAGGUUAAGUUUUUGAAAUGUCAUCAUAACUUAGAAAAUAUAUGGACCUAGUUCAUGAAACUUAUACAUAAGGUUAAUCAAGUAUCACUGAACAUCCUGCAUGAGUUUCACGUCACAUGACCAAGGUCAAAGGUCAUUUAGGGUCAAUGAACUUUGGCCGAAUUGGGGGUAUCUGUUGAAUUACCAUCAUAACUUUGAAAGUUUAUGGAUCUGAUUCAUGAAACUUGGACAUAAUAGUAAUCAAGUAUUACUGAACAUCCUGUGCAAGUUUCAGGUCACAUGAUCAAGGUCAAAGGUCAUUUAGGGUCAAUGAACUUUGGCCAAAUUGGGGUAUUUGUAGAAUUACAGCCAUAAAUUUGAAAGUGUGUUGGUCUAGUUCAUAAAACUUGGACAUUAUAGUAAUCAAGUAUCACUGAACAUCCUGUGCGAGUUUCAGGUCACAUGAUCAAGGUCAAAGGUCAUGUAAGGUCAAAGAACUUUGGCCACGUUGGGGGUAUUUGUUGAAUUGCCAUCAUAUCUCUAUAAGUGUAUUGGUCUAGUUCAUAAAAUUUGGAAAUAAGAGUAACCAAGUAUCACUGAACAUCUUGUGCGAGUUAUAGUAGUUUUCAAAAUCUGCACUGCUGCUAUAUUGAAUCGCGUGAUGCAGGUGAGACGGCCAGAGGCAUUCCACUUGUUGGAUUUUGAGAUCAAUUUUAUUUUACCAGAUUUAUUUUGUUUCGAUGUUCAAAAUAUUUGAACAGAUGGUGUAUGGAUCUUACAACCAAGGAAAAUUUGUAUGAAAUAUGACUGAAAAUACAAUAAAAAUAGCAAAAUAAUA